GGAAACGACACCAAGAGCUGUUCUGGAAAAGUGGCCCUCUCCUGCAUUGUUGCGCUUUUUCUUUUUUACUGUAACAUUUCCCUGUUUUAUGAGGAGUCGUUACACACUCUCAGUUUUUGGCAGGGUUUGUUUUCACAGGCGGGGAUCUCGCUGGGUUCCCCCUCCCCCCCCCUCUCUCUCGCCCUCUCUCUCUCUCUCUUAUUAUGAUUUCAAUGGGGGUUUUCCUCGGCAACUUCCAAAGACAAGGACAAGCCAAGCCUUCGCAGAACUUCCGUGUUGCUUGAGGCUGAAGGCAGCGGAAUGAAUGGCAGGAAUCUCUCAAAGGAGGCGAACAAAUAGUCCCCGAACUUGCUUCUGCUAGUAGCGCGCCACGCCCGCUUGGAGUCCUGCUAAGGCAAGAGAGUGGAAGGAUUCUCUCUCUCUCUGCCUGUAUACAAUUACACGUUUUGGAGACUAGUGUUUUCCUUAGAGGAUGGGAAUGAGGUUUUUGUUUUUUGUUUUUGUUUUUUAAAGGCGGGGGGAGAUUGUUGUCUUAGCUUGUUGCCUUCUUGGGUUUUUCCUUCUUUCUUUAUCUCUUCUUUCCCCACCACCACCUCCGCUUGAAUCACAGCAACCCCUUCAGUUUAGCGGAUUGAUUUACUUGGAGUAUUGGUAAAUAUGAUCACGUGGGCGGAGGGACCAAUGGCUGAGCCUGGCCGCCUGCAAAAUACUACGAUUGUUCUCUGGGCCAGGCGAUCAUCUACAGUUAACAGAGUAACCUUUUUUGCCUUCCCCCCAUCAUAUGCCCUGCUACGGAGGGAGCCUCCAAAAAAUGUCGACCGGCGGCACCCUCAGUAACUACUAUGUCGAUUCCCUCAUAGGCCACGACAGCGAGGAAGUGUACGGUGGCGGCGUCGGAGGAGCAGGAGGAGGCGUCGGAGGCGUCGGAGGGGCUGCCCGGUUCCUGCAGGGAGGUCACCAUGCGACCCCCAGGCCAUCCUCAGGUGUGGUGGCCGAGGGCUCGGAUUUCUCCUCCUGCAGCUUCGCGCCUAAGUCGGCCGUCUUCCCAGCCUCGUGGCACCCUCAGCCUCCGGCGCCCAUGCCCGGCAUUUAUCACCCUUACAUGCCCCAGCCGCACUUAGGCGGACCGGGCGAGGGCGGCGGAGGCGGCGGAGGCAGAUACGUGCGCUCCUGGAUUGAGCCCUUCGCCUCUUUCCCCAGCAGCCCCGGCAACGGCGGCGGAGGCAACAGCAACGUCUCCGCCGCUAGUGCCGCGGCUGCUGCGGCGACCAACAUCGCCUCCAACGGCGCCGGCGGUGGCUCCUCCAGCGCGCGCCACUACGGGAUCGUCAAGCCGGAGAGCGGGGCAGCCGCCGCCGCCGGUCCGGUAGGGCCCUCUCCUUCCUCCUCCUCUGCCACCGUCUCCUCCUCCUCCUCGUCUUGCAGCUCCGAUUCUCCUUCCAAAAGAACUGAGUGCGCGCCGUCUAGGGAGCCCUCGGGGGUCAAUGGGCCCGAGUACACGUGCAAUUCCUUCCUGGCAGAGCCCCGCGAGAAGGCGGCGGCGGCAGCAGCAGCAACAACAACAACAACAGUGAGCAACGGUUCUUCUCACCCGGUUGCGGCGGCCGCCGUAGCUGCAGCCACCAGCAAUGUCACCACCACCGGCAGCAACAGCAGUACCGCCGCCCCGGCCAAGCCAGCGUCUGGUUGCAGCCGCAAUGCUAGCCCCAGCAGCGAUCUGAAAGAGGAGAAGCCUCAGCAGCAACUUGACCCAAAUAACCCCGCCGCGAACUGGAUUCACGCUCGUUCCACGAGGAAAAAGCGUUGCCCUUACACAAAAUUCCAAACUCUGGAACUGGAAAAGGAAUUCCUCUUUAACAUGUACCUCACCCGCGACCGCCGUUACGAAGUGGCUAGGAUUUUAAACCUGACCGAGAGGCAGGUUAAAAUAUGGUUUCAGAACCGAAGAAUGAAAAUGAAAAAGAUGAACAAGGAAAAAGGGAAUAAAGGGGACUAGCGCCUUGAGGGUGUGCGUGCGUUUGUGGAAAUGUGCUGGGCUUUCUACGAAGAUACACACAAAAGUAUCGAUAUUAAUUAUUGUUAUUGUCAUUAUUAAUAUUAUUAUGUUGCCAGGUUCACUGGCUCGAAACUUCCUAUUGAUCUGGUGGGUUUAUUCUUUAGAUAGCAGUAAUGUGGUCGAUGUCAGGUAUUUUGGAAAGGAAAAGGGUUGGGUGUGGAGAAUGUAUUUGGUAAAAGUUGCUUCUUUCCCCGCGCCUCCAGUUUGGUUUUAAGAUAUUAUGAGUGCACGUUAGGGUUUUAUUUUAUUUUAUUGGGGGGGCUUUAUCUAAAUACUAAAUGUUUGACAUGCUACUACCAAGUUACCCUAGACGAGAGAGAGAGAGAGAGAGAGUGGCGGGGUUGUAAGGUGGGGGGGACGGGACAGUCGCUUUUCCCAACUGAAGGCAAAGGCGGCGAUGAAGACGAUAAUAUUGAAUGACAGCGAGGAUUACCUUGAUGGCAAUAGUGCGUUUACCUCGGACUUUCAAAAAAGGAAAAGCGGAGAGCGGGGAGGGGAGAACUCCUGACCCUGUGCAUCGCUUUCCUUCUGCAGGUUAUGUUUUCUUUUAAUAUAAAAUAUUUUUAUUAUCUUCCCCCCUGGCUUCCCGUUUCACCCUCUCCAGUGCACUGUAUUAAAAGCGGUACUUGAACCAGUAUUAACUUCCACAGGCCCCGCAGUUCUGCGGCUUAACAGUUCUGAGCACCCGUCCCCAUUGCCUGAGGCCUGGAACUUUACCUAAGGACUUAUUUUUUAUAAUAAUAAUAAUAAUGUAAUUGUCAUAGGUUAUUAUAAUAAAGGCUGAGCUGGUGAAAUAACAGUAAUAAUAAAAUUCCCAACAUUUGGGUGACUGGGAAGGUGGGGGUUUUCGUGUGCUGGGGAAUGAGAUGUGCUGUAAUGUGAGUGCAAACGCGCCCGCGGUUUGCCUUUGACUUCUCUCUACAAAGUGGAAGUAAACAGACAGCGCCUGACUAUAAACGAAACCGCCGCCCCUCCAAAAAGAGAGAGAGAGAGAGAGAGAGAGAGAGAGAGAGAGAGAGAGAGAGAGAGAGAGAGAGAGAGAGAGAAAGAAAGAAAGAAAGAAAGAAAGAAAGAAAGAAAGAAAGAAAGAAAAGAGAGAGAGAGAAAAGAAAACCCCAGUCUUUCUGCGCUCUCUUCUCUGUAAUAAAGAUGCCUUGCAUAUAACCCGCAGGAAGCCAUUUGCAGACGAAGGGACGCUUCCUCUGUACCUAGAGAGGCAGGAGGUCCCAGAGGCAGGAGGUCUUCAUCGACACAGGUUCACCAUUCUCCACUCCUGAAUACUAUUAUACAAAUCGUGGACAUGAAGGAAGGGUUUCAGCAGGUCAACUGUACAACAGCUAGUACCGGUAUAAUAGAGCAGGCCUGCAUGACCCCCGCCCGCCCUGCUUCCUUUCCUUCCCCACUCCUCCUGGAUAUCUUUUCUAUUUGAACCUGACUUGCUCCCAAAUCUCUCUUCCCCACCUCUGCCAGCAACCGAGCAAAAGAACCGGUCUUUAAGCAACGGUCUAAAUAUGCGGAGAUACAUACCAGGGCAGGUCGAGAGCGUUUGCCCCGGGUUCAUAGCCUCUACGACCUUCUUUUCUGAGAAUAUUUCCUGAUUGCAAUUGUGAGUGGUGGAUGAGGGUGCGUGGCGCAAGCUUCGUUGCCUUUCUUAAAAAAAUAAAUCCGAAACAUAACCAACUCCCCCCCUCCAAAAAAACCCCCGAAAGGUUCAUGUAGCAAUUUCAGGGGUGGGGAUAUGUAGGGACAACAUAGGGCAAAUUCCGCUGUCCUCAAAUAAGACUGAAGUUGGUUCAUAAUUAUGACACCAUGUCGCCCAUUCAAAAUCUUGAACCUUAAAGACACUUGAUAGAUAGACUUGAUGAUCAGCUCUGUCGGUAUUUGCUUUAGUAUACGUCCUUUUCGAUCAUACGGUUAUCGGCAAGUAUCACCAGAUAUAUGCGCGUUGUGUGUGUGUGUGUGUGUGUGUGUGUGUGCAUAUGUGAAUUUCUGAUAAGGACUUUGAAGCCACCCUGAUGUAGAAAUUUCAGCACAUGCAUAACUCCUCGAUGGAAAUAAAUGGAACGUCCAAGUGUUAAAAACUUUAGCUGAAUCAUGUACAGUAUGUACAUUGUAUUUAAACACAGACACACACACACUGCACAUUGAGGGGUGGGCAGCAGGCUACUGGGAUAUUUUAGAGAAGGAGAGGAGCAUUGUUCUGAUGUGAGGCACCAUUUUAAUUAAGCGUCUCGAGGAAAACAUGGCCUCUCAAGCCAUUUGAAAGAAGAUUUAAGGUGAAAGGAAACAGGCACAGAGACCUGGGGGUCUGUAGAUGCUAUCACUUCCCCCAUCCCCUCAGAAAGACCCACAGCGAUUAAGGCCUAGGAAAAGGUGUUGCCUCGCUUCCCCAUUCAUUGUCAACCCUAUACCUAUAAUUCUUUUUAAAACAGGAAGAACCGAGGCGUAAUAAAACCAUUGAGAAGGCUAGACGUCUGGACCUAAUGAGUUUACGAUAUGCGAUGGCGCUUUUCUCUCUUUGAGACCAUCUUAUUUUGAUGUUUGCGUUUGUUAGGAUAGAACACCGAUGCAGACAAAACCAGGUCUUAAAAUCCCGUACUAUAAAUUUCAAUAUGUCACCCCGGCUGGGCGAGACAGCAGUUUGGACGCCGCUGAAGUCUGAAAAGUGAGGAGAUUAAGACCAAUUCGGCUGGGUAUGCCAAUGGACCUGGAAGUAGCCAUAUAUUAGAAAGUCAGGGGUUCUUUUGAAAACAAAAAACAAAAAGAGAGGAAGCGCUUAUAGGAACCUUGGUGUGCAAAAAGAGUGCAAGAGCAACAACACCCGUAAAGGUUAGGGCAAUACCUAGACCUUGAAACGGGCGACACGUUGGGGAAGGUCCUCCUUGGCUGGAACGGGACCGGAUCUAAACUUGCCGAGGUUUGAACCCAAGUCCACGUUUAUUUAUUUCAAAUGCCACUGCAGCCCAGCUAUGUAGCUGGAUCUGCAUGGAAACAUGGAAACGCUGCCAUUCCCAAACCACUAGCCCUCCCCUUCCAAUAAGCCAAGGGACAUUUGCUUAAGAGUCCGUUUCUUUUUGGAUAUGUUGAGUGUCACAAUAAAGCAGAAACGUGGAUGUUGUUAUGAUUCCAAGUGUAAGUGCGCAAGCCGAAACUGACCAGGUCUCCGAUGGGGAAAGGGAGAAAUAAAAUGACAUAGGCAAGUUCAAGGCAGGAAGGUUUCUGAGCUUGAAAUCGAAGCAUAGAACAGAAACAGACAAAACAAAAAACGAGAGGUUUGGUUUUAUGCAAACAGCAACGUGCUUCCUCGUUCGUUUUUUCACUUAAUCUGACUUCAUUAGGCAUAAAGAAGUCGUUUCUUUGGUUAAGCAAAAUUCCUAUGAUUAAAGAGUCCUGUACUCUUGAUAACAAAAGGCAGCAUUGUGUAAUCAUUGUAAACAUUUCCCCGUCAUUCAAGAUAUAGGACUUGGCAUAUACCCCUUCUUACUUGUAAAUAUGAAGGAUAUUUCUCAUUCUUUGUAACCAUUGCACGCUCCUUGGAUUUUUUUUUUUGCAUGACUUUAAUCGUCUUUAGCCAACGAAAAAGAAAUAUUUUAUUAGAAACAACAAGCAAGUGUUCCUUGCAAAUAUCUUUCUUUCACAUUCAUCGUAGAAAAAGCAUAAACGUGUGGCGUCAACCCGGGUUGCCGAACAAGAUUUCAUCUCACCACUAGAGGGCGGUGUUGCUCCAUAUUCUGAUAAUUUUCUGUAUCCGGCCAGGAUUAUUUGUUUAUUUAAAAUAUGUACAGGCUGUUUCUUUUAAUCAAUGAAUUUUGUGUUUGUAGCUAAAAAUAAACGCACAUGACCGUUCUUUACUAUGAUCUAACUAAUUAAGUGGCUAGAAGAACGCAGUCAGCACCUGAAAAAGUAUCCACCCGUAUAAAUUUGCCAGUGACACUAAAUUUAAUUUCUGCAGACUAUGGGUGUGUAAAAUAAAAGCGCGGGGGGGGGGCUAUUUGUGUCUACAGGCGAAAUCAAUUCAUUCUUUGUAUUAUCAGAAUUUUUACAAAAAGUUCCUUUCAAUUAUAAAUACAGUAUGUAUGCGUAUAAAAAGCACGUUUUACAUAAAAGAAAUAAUCAAUGCUGAUCGAACAUCUAAUGGCCGCAGCUUGUUUUCUUAUUGUUAUUCUAACCACCACCAGAACGUAUUCUAAAUUCAGGAAGGUAUUCUAAUAUAUUUCCCGUCUGUUGUUACCCUCCUUUUUCAAACCCAGGAAAUAUAGAGUGGGAUUAGGUUUAAGAAGAACUGCACAAGGGACCUCUCUUUUUCUAAAAGAGACUCAGCUGCGACGAAAGGGUUUUCCAUUGCAUUGCCAUUAAACUUGUAUUUGAUUUCUUCACGCACGCAACCAUUCCUCCUACCCCUGUGGUAGGAUUCCAGAAUCUAAAAAGAUGCGCACACAAUUAUGCAUCUUAACAAAACAUCUCAAAAGGGUGUUAUCAGAUAUGCUUAAUAAACGGUAAGGGGGUUUCUUUAGACUAUAGUAAGUCAAUAGGAGAAAAUCAAUUCACUGAAGAAUUUGGAUCUCCCUGUAUCCCAAGAGAAAGCGCUGGAUUUGGUCUUUCAUUCCGCGCUUCAACAUUUGCUCCGAUGAAUCUGAAAUAGUUGAAGCAACUGAUGGUUGUAACUCCACUCGAGCGAACACUGUCAACACUGGAGAAAAGCUUAUAAGGCCCGGAUCUAUUUCUGCAGAUAAAAAUGAUUCCCUCUGUA